AUGACGGUGCCCCAGUGGCCCGUGUCCGUUUUCUCUGGGACUGCGCGUCUUCCGCCCUGUUCACUCUCCACGGUCUGGCCCUCGGCCUUCCUGCUGCGUUCACGGCCGCAGCAGCGCUGCGCUUCCCUCGGUCAGGCCCACGUGGCUGUCUGUCCGUGCUCUCGGUGCUCCCGGGCUGAGGGCGCAGGCUCGUCUGUGCCCUGGCGGGGCCGGCACACGGUGGUGCGAGGAGAGGGAGCCGGACCAAGGCGGAGCUGCGCGCCGGCGGCCCUGCCUGCCUGUCCGGAGGGGGUUGAGUCCGGCUGUAAACGGGCCAGCCAGCCGGGCCGCACACAGCGCCUCGGCCCAGAGACCAGAGACGCAGCCGGGCCGCACACAGCGCCUCGGCCCAGAGACCAGAGACGCAGCCGGGCCGCACACAGCGCCUCGGCCCAGAGACCAGAGACGCAGCCGGGCCGCACACAGCGCCUCGGCCCAGAGACCAGAGACGCAGCCGGGCCGCACACAGCGCCUCGGCCCAGAGACCAGAGACGCAGCCGGGCCGCACACAGCGCCUCGGCCCAGAGACCAGAGACGCAGCCGGGCCGCACACAGCGCCUCGGCCCAGAGACGCAGCCGGGCCGCACACAGCGCCUCGGCCCAGAGACGCAGCCGGGCCAGGGAGCGGCCAGCGCAGACGGCGGCGGGGCCUGUGCGCACCCAUGUGGUGCUGGAGCCCGCACGGCGCCCGGGCCUGGAGCCUGGAGCCCGGAGCCCGCACGGCGCCCCGGCCUGGCGCCUGGAGCCCGCACGGCGCCCCGGCCUGGCGCCUGGAGCCCGGAGCCCGCACGGCGCCCCGGCCUGGAGCCUGGAGUCUGGAGCCCGCACGGCGCCCCGGCCUGGCGCCUGGAGCCCGCACGGCGCCCCGGCCUGGCGCCUGGAGCCCGCACGGCGCCCCGGCCUGGAGUCUGGAGCCCGCACGGCGCCCCGGCCUGGAGUCUGGAGCCCGCACGGCGCCCCGGCCUGGCGCCUGGAGCCCGCACGGCGCCCCGGCCUGGAGCCUGGAGCCCGCACGGCGCCCCGGGCCUGGAGCCUGGAGUCUGGAGCCCGCACGGCGCCCGGGCCUGGAGCCUGGAGCCCGCACGGCGCCCCGGCCUGGAGCCUGGAGCCCGCACGGCGCCCCGGCCUGGAGUCUGGAGCCUGGAGCCCGCACGGCGCCCGGGCCUGGAGCCUGGAGCCCGCACGGCGCCCCGGCCUGGAGUCUGGAGCCUGGAGCCCGCACGGCGCCCGGGCCUGGAGCCUGGAGCCUGGAGCCCGCACGGCGCCCCGGCCUGGCGCCUGGAGCCCGCACGGCGCCCCGGCCUGGAGCCUGGAGCCCGCACGGCGCGCCGGCCUGGCGCCUGGAGCCCGCACGGCGCCCCGGCCUGGAGUCUGGAGCCCGCACGGCGCCCCGGCCUGGCGCCUGGAGCCCGCACGGCGCCCCGGCCUGGAGCCUGGAGCCCGCACGGCGCCCCGGCCUGGCGCCUGGAGCCCGGAGCCCGCACGGCGCCCCGGCCUGGAGCCUGGAGCCUGGAGCCCGCACGGCGCCCGGGCCUGGAGCCUGGAGCCCGCACGGCGCCCCGGCCUGGAGCCUGGAGCCCGCACGGCGCCCCGGCCUGGAGCCUGGAGCCUGGAGCCCGCACGGCGCCCCGGCCUGGAGCCUGGAGUCUGGAGCCUGGAGCCCGCACGGCGCCCCGGCCUGGGCAGCGCAGCGCCCGCAGCUUUUCCUGCGGUGAGACCAGGCUGGGCUCAGGCGGCAGCCAGGACCCCUUCGGGGCCUCUGAGCCCACCGCUGAGUCGGGGCCCCUGGGCACCAGGAAGGAUCAGGGCUGCGCGGACGGCGUCCGGCCCGUGUUGCUUGUGACUCGCGGGGAUGGCAGUCAGGAGGCCGCAGGGGUCCGGGGCGGGUGCGUGGCCAGCAAUCUCCAUAUUCCACGGGGUCACAUGGACCUAGUACCCAGCUACCUGGCCCUCACUGAAGGCGUGACACCCCUUGGGGUCAGUGCCGGUCUCUGGCGGCUGGCGUCCACGGGCCGUCACAGCUGA